AUGGCAGACAUCGCGAAGAUGUACAGACAAAUUUUGAUUUCGCAACCUGACACGUGGUUGCAAUGUAUAUUAUGGCGUAAACACUCAAAUGAACCACUGCGCGCAUACAGAUUGUUAACCGUUACGUACGGUGAAGCUUCAUCAUCAUUUUUAGCGUGCAGAGCUUUGUACGAAGCUGCAGAAGAUUAUCGAACAAUCAACUCGAAGAUCACCGAAGCCAUACAACAGUCAUUCUAUGUUAAUAAUUUAAUGAUUGGAGCAGCGUCCACUGAAGAAUUAAUCGAAUUGAAACAUGGCGUGGAAGACGCUUUGCUACGCCACUGUUUCCCAUUACGAAAAUGGGCCUCAAAUGACACCAAAGUACUAGAAGGUAUCCCAGAGCGGGAUCUGGAACCUCUGAUCCAUGUUGGAGAUCAGGAUAUUAUCAAGACGUUAGGUGUAGGCUGGAACCCCAUGAGAGACGUGUUCCAGUUUAUAGCCCCUAGUAACGAAGGCGAAGAAUCGAAAACGCUUACGAAGAGACAGAUGGUCUCAAAGAUACUGAGAUUAUACGAUCCGAUUGGAUUGAUCCAGCCGGUGAUCAUCACGGCAAAAAUAAUUAUGCAACAGUUGUGGACGCUCAAUUUAAUAGCCGAUCUAAGCAAGAUAGAAAUUCCACGAAUGACAAUGCCAAGCCGAACAAUCGUCUUGGAUAUACAUGGAUUUUGUGACGCAUCAGUGAAAGCGUAUGGAUGUGUCAUUUAUGUACACUCGAUUGAUAUGAAGGGUGAGGAACGCACCAAUUUAUUGUGCUCUAAAUCGAGAGUAGCACCAAUCAAGAAAGUUACGUUACCCCGCUUAGAACUCUUAGCGGCAGUAUUGCUGGCAGAGCUUGUUGCCAGAGUAAAAGACACUCUGAAAAAGCGAAUUACAUCGGAACACUAUUACAGUGACUCACAAGUGGUUUUAAGUUGGAUAAAGUCGACGAAUCCCCGCUGGGGGAUAUUCAUUCAAAACAGAGUUGAUAGAAUACAUACAUUCACGAAUCCAGAAAACUGGAAAUAUGUAUCCACGAAGGAGAAUCCUGCUGAUAUGGUCUCUAGAGGAGUCCCAGUCAGGAUGCUAAUAGAAACGAAGCUAGACUUCUGGUUAUAUGGACCAGACCACAUUCAAGCCAGGGAAAAAUACCCGCACUCAGGUUACAAAUACGAUUCAGCCGCGGAUCAAGAAAAGGUGAAAAAACCAAAGGCCCUACUCAUAGCCACCAUAGGAAAAGAGUGUAACGAUUACAUCUCUGAAUAUCCGUACCACAAUUCUUACGAGAGAACGAUAAGGCAUUUUGCAUGGAUAAAUCGAGCAAAACGUAACAUGAGAAAAACGGACGACAUCUCUUACGAGAAGAAAACAGGUCCACUCACUACUGAGGAAGUGGAAGAAGGGCUGUUGCUAACAGUCAAAAUUAUGCAAGCCACCAUCUACCCAAAUGAGGUGGCACUAAUAAUGAAAUCUGGAGAGGUACCGUCGAAAGGACCUUUUCAGCACUUGAAUGCUUACGCAAAAGACGGCGUAAUAUACGUAAAGGGCAGACUUCAGAACGCUGAGACGUCUGCAUUUCAGAACGAUCCAAUCUUGCUCCCGAAAUCACAUCCAUUCACAAGAGUCAUUAUACGAAAUAUUCACGAGAAGAGAUUUCACGCUGGAACAGAUUUGGUGAUGAGCGAAUUUCGACGGAAAUUCUGGAUGAGAGACCUCCGAAGAGCAAUCCGAGGAGUGAUUCAACGUUGUAUGUUAUGCGCCCGAGCGCGCCCCAAGCGAUUGCAACAGCAAAUGGGACAAUUGCCAGCACCAAGGGUGAACGAAUCACCGGCGUUCACUCACACCGGAGUGGAUUUAUGUGGUCCAUUCGAAGUAAUCAUGAGUUCAAGAUCAAAAAGUAAGAUAACGGCAUACGCAUGCAUAUUCAUUUGUUUCGCUACGAAAGCAGUUCACCUGGAAGUCGUCGAAGAUCAAUCGGCGGCUGCAUUCAUAUCGGCAUUGCUCCGAUUCACAUCAGUCAGAGGAGUUCCCGAAGUCAUAUACUCAGACAACGGGCGCAAUUUCAUAGGAGCUAGCAGAGAGCUCAAUCACCUACGUAAGAUUUACAACGAGGAAGUGUUUCAAAACAAACUUGUUAACGACGCAAUGGAUCACGGAAUACGAUUCUCAUUCAUCCCACCCCGAAGUCCGAACUUCGGCGGACUAUGGGAAUCAAACAUAAAGGUAGCAAAACGACUAUUCACCGCAGCGGCAAAAGGAGUCCAGCUGAAUAUAUUGGAACUGCAAACAUUGUUUUACCGAGUAGCCGCGAUAAUGAAUUCGCGCCCGCUAACCACUGUUUACACUGCACCAGACUCACCAGUUCCUCUCACACCUGGCCAUUUCUUGAUAGGACGACCAUUACUGGAGGUGCCUAUACCUACGCAAGGUGAGGAUCGUAGGAACCUCACUACCAGAUGGAAACGAAUUCAAUCGCAGCUCGAGCAAUUCUGGAAAAGAUGGAGAGAUGAGUAUCUCCACCAAUUACGAAAUUAUGCCAAGUGGACUAAGCAACAAUCGAACGUUGAAGUGGGUCAAGUCGUUUUAAUCGGAGACGAUCACAUCCCCGUAGCGAGAUGGCCUAUGGGAAUUGUUACGCAAAUUCAUCCUGGAGAAGAUGGAAUAGUCCGAGUGGCGGUAGUGCGAACCUCCUCCGGAAUUUACAAACGCAACGUGCGCACACUUGCUCCUCUACCAGUUGAGGAGCCCAUCAUUCAACCCAUCAUAGAAAAAUACGAUGGCGCGGCCAACAAUGAACAGCAACCUCAAGACGAAAUGAUAGAAAUUGAAGAUGAUCCCCCGCCGCAAGCACCGAGAGAAAUUUGGGACGACAGACUACGCCCUCGUCCCAAAGGGGGGAGAAAAUGGAAGUGUACAAAAUCAGAAUAG